GGCUAUGAGAAAUGAAAGAUAAAAUUUUUCAACAGCAGAGGGAGACAGAGUUCCUUAACGAAGUUCCAUUGUUUCCAAAUAGAAAUGUUGUUCAGUGCUGGUAGUGGAGAGAGGCAGAAGAGGCAAACAGAAAGAGAGAUCCAGCUGCAGAGACAAGGAGUUAAAGGCACAUUUCAGGGGAGGAAACAUCCCACUGAGCAGGGUGCUGGGUUCUCCUAAAUCUCAUGAACCCGUGGCUUUCUGGAAGGAAUAAGGAUGGUUCUCUUACAGAUAUGGAGCUUCAUUUCCUUCCUCUUCCUGUCCUAUACUGAGGCAACAUCUAUGUAUGGAGAAAUUCUCUCUCCAAAUUAUCCUCAAGCAUAUCCCAAUGAUGCUCUGGAGUCCUGGAAAAUAGAAGUUCCUCCUGGUUAUGGCAUUCAUCUUUACUUCACCCACCUGGAUAUAGAGCCAUCUCAAAACUGUGAAUAUGACUCUGUGAAGGUCCUGUCUGGUGAACAGGUGGAAGGUCAGUUCUGUGGGCAAAAAACGAGGCGCGCACGGGGCUCUCCUAUCCUGGAAGAACUCCAUGUGCCCUAUAAUAGUAUAACUAUCCUAUUUCAGUCUGACUUUUCCAAUGAAGAGAGAUACACUGGAUUUGCUGCCUAUUACACUGCAAUUGAUGUGAAUGAGUGCACAGAUUUUGUGGAAGAGGCCUGUAGCCAUUACUGCAAUAACUAUAUUGGUGGCUACUAUUGCUCUUGUCCUCCUGAAUAUUUCUUGCAUGAAGAUAAGAAGACAUGUGGAGUGAACUGCAGUGGGAAUGUAUUUACUGAGCUAUCUGGGGAGAUUACCAGCCCGAACUAUCCCAGGCCAUACCCGGAGAACUCUCACUGUGAUUACCGUGUCAUCCUGGAACCAGGAUACCAGGUGAUCCUGAGCAUUGGGAACAACGACUUUGAAGUUGAGCCAAGUGACGCAGAAGGAACUUGCCCAGAUGUUUUCAGACUUUCAGCAGGGGAUCAGAAGUUUGGUCCUUACUGUGGCAGUACAUUUCCUGGGCCUCCUAAAAUCAACACUAAGAGCAACAUUGUGGACAUUUUUUUCCAAACGGAUCAAGUUGUACAAAUGAAAGGCUGGAAAAUCCGCUACUUUGGGGACCCAAUGCCCUGCCCACAGACUGUUAUUUCAAGAUCUGUUCAGCAUCCCCUAAGAGACUCUUACGUCUUUAAGGAUUCUGUGAGGGUGACUUGCAUAGAAGGCCAUGAGAUUGUAAUGCCACAAGGCAGUACAACAUCCUUCUACUCUAGCUGUCAAAGCAAUGGCAAAUGGAGCAACUCAGAUUACAGUUGUGUUCCUGUAGACUGUGGUGUGCCUGAUCCCAUUAAACAUGGAGAUAUUGUUUACCUGUCAGGAUUGGAGGAGACACAGUAUCAAACCACUAUCCGUUACGAAUGCCACAAACCUUAUUAUACCAUAAAGGGCAAAGAAACAUAUCAGUGUUCAGCCAGUGGAAUAUGGGUGGAUGAAGAAGGGAAAACAGGGCUUCCAGUUUGUGACCCAGUUUGUGGAAUUCCCAGUAGAAGUAUUGAAGAAAUAGGGAGGAUUUAUGGAGGCACAGUUGCUAACGAAGGAAAUUUCCCUUGGCAAAUCUACUUUGAUGAGCCACGAGCUGGUGGAGCCCUCAUUUCAGAACAAUGGAUACUUACUGCAGCUCAUGUGCUGGAUGAUGCUCCAUACCCAGUUCUCUAUGCUGGGAUGUUCAGUGUAAAUCAAAGGGCCAAGAGUGAUACUGAGCCACUGAAGAUAGCGGACACGUUCAUUCAUCCUAAAUGGGCCACAAGUCGAUCAGGGACCAGGACAAACUUUAAUCAUGACAUUGCUCUGUUAAGAUUGAAAGAACCUUUGACAAUGGGCCCCACUAUUUCACCAAUUUGCCUACCUGACACAUCCUCAGAAUAUGAUCCACAGAUAGGGACCUUGGGCUACAUAUCUGGCUGGGGCAAGACCGAUGCGACGCGAUCAAAUCCUAGAUUAUCAAUGAGACUCAGGGCAGCUUGGAUUCCCGUGGUGGACAUGGAUACAUGCAGAAAUGUGAAACGAAACACAGGUUAUGUCUUCACAGAAAAUAUGAUUUGUGCUGGGGAUGGCCGGCAGGACAGCUGUCAGGGAGACAGUGGUGGGGCAUAUGCUAUCAAAGAUCCCCAAAACGAGACACACUAUUAUGUUGCUGGACUGGUUUCGUGGGGGCCAGAAUGUGGCACUUAUGGUCUUUACACUAAAGUGGCAAAUUACGUAGAUUGGAUCAGAAAAGUCAUGAAGGAGUAUAAAGAACCUGAAGAGUAGAUGUUUCCUUCCCUUAUGUAUUAUCUUGUCUACCAGGCACCUACUGACUCCCAAGUGGUUUUGUCCCAUCCAUAAAUCUAACUUACAAAAAAGGAAAUUUGCAGCUAAGAUCCAUAUUAUUGCAAGUCGCUUUACAUUGCCUUUCUCCUCUUUCUUCAGGAUAAGUGAAGUAGUAGCAGACAUAUUACGUUUUUCUAGUUUUGAAAUGCUUUGUCUUCUCUUUCUUUAAUUAGGCUUCAUUUAUUUUCUUUUUUGGGAAGCUGCUAUAGACCAAAUUAUUUUAAUUCAAGCAAGAAUAUUGCAUUUUUAGUCUCCCUGGAUUUUGACCAUUGGAAAACGAAUAGCCAGCUACAUCAUAGAACUGGAGAACAUAGCCUCUGUGGGCAGCAGAAAAUUCUAGAACAUAAUUUACCCAAAGGUUCUUUUUCAUUGAAAUGAAUGGCUGCCAGCCUUCAUCUUUGUAUUGCUUGUGACUACGGUAGCUUUUGCAAGAGAAGAGUCUCAUGGAUUCUGCUCAAAGGAGCUCGUUGUGUCCUUCUUGCAUAAAAACCAAUAUACACUCAUGAAGACAAGAA